AUGAACCAUUUCCCCGGUCUCAACUGGAGUCUGCUCGAAUUUGACCACUUAAUACCCGACCGAUUCAUCAUUUGGCGAUUAAGAUUCGAUCUUUCUUCCUCCUACUUUGUCCAACGGCCAAAUUUCGACGUCGAUUCCCAUCUCACUGAAGAUAGCCCACCCUCCGGCCAAAUCACAACCAAUGAUGCUUUGCGCAGGUGCCUGAAGUGUGCUCAUAUGGUAAUGGUAAUAGCGCUUGAUAUUCUUCGUUUUCCGGCAGUAUAUCAAUUCGUCAACGAAAGUGCUGCCCUGGGGUGUGCCUGGAUCAAGAACAUCUGGGCCUUUAUCAGCCAUGACAUCUCAACGACUCGUUCCGAGGAUGCGGUAUGUGGGCUGCGCUUGAACCACGGCGAUAUAGACGAGGAUGACAUGGAAGAUGGAACUCCAGAGUCAGGUGGCUUGUUGGCGUCACAAGGCGAUGAUUUCCAUACUCCGGACGGGGGAGUCGACUAA